UUAAACGACUGUGAACGCCAUGCGGAACCUUUCGGCGCCCGGUAACAAUCCCCACACGGACAUGUUUCUCCGACGCACUUGGUCGCGGACGCAACGUUUGAAAUGGCUGUCACGCUUCACACAGAUUUAGGAGAAAUUAAGAUUGAAUUGUUCUGCGAGCGAACCCCGAAAGCUUGUGAGAACUUUCUUGCGUUGUGUGCCAGUGGGUUCUACAAUGGCUGCAUUUUCCACAGAAACAUUAAAGGCUUCAUGGUUCAGACUGGAGACCCUACAGGCACAGGUAAAGGAGGAACGAGCAUAUGGGGUCGCAAAUUCGAAGAUGAGUACAGCGAGCACUUAAAACAUAACGUAAGAGGAGUGGUCUCGAUGGCAAACAAUGGUCCCAACACGAACGGCUCCCAGUUUUUCUUCACGUACGCCAAACAGCCCCAUCUGGACAUGAAGUACACAGUGUUUGGAAAGAUUAUCGACGGCUUGGAAACACUGGACGAACUGGAGAAGCUGCCUGUGAAUGAAAAGACGUUCCGACCGCUGACUGAAACCCGCAUUAAAGAUGUGACCAUUCAUGCUAACCCGUUCGCUGGGUAGCUGGUUUUCACCUCAGAAAUACAGAUAGGCCUCUAAUGCAGACAUGGAUAUUCCCCAUAAAUCACUUGAUACAGUGUGUGUUGCCGUGCCAAAGUUAAAAUGGAUAACUUGUCAGGGGGUAGAAAUUGGGGAGAAAACCACCCACACAUUGAUGAUUGACAGCGCACUGACUGCCAGGCAGGAAAGUGCUGAGCUGUCUUCGAAAAAUUCAUGCUUCAUACAUCAGGUUUUUCAAGUAGGAAUGACAUCCCAGAGUUCAAUUUUACUGUCACUGUCGAUGGAGCAGUGCCAGAUUUUCUAACUUGAAGCUGAAGUGUGUGACUUUAACUUAUAAGUGAACCUCCAUGGCAUCCAGGCACUUCCCCAGUGAGUCCACACAGUACUGACUAAGCUCCUCAGUACCAAGUAAAUCUCUGGAUUUGGCAGUAUGCUGCAGUUUGAAGUCUGUGAGGGUAUUUAUGUACUGGUAAUAGUACACCAGUAGAAAACAUUUUACGUCAACGAGCGAUGAGGGUUUUGUCGGCUGAAGGUGGUCAACUCGGAGUAUUCUCUGAGGAGAGUUUGUGAUGCUCCAGAUUUUAAAAAAAAACUUGUUCAGCAGAAGAAUUGGAGGAUAAACAAGAAACUUAUGGUCAGCAAGGCAUCAAUCAGAAGCACACUUAACGGUAUCUUUGUAUUUACUCGCUGCCAAAAGGGAGAGGCAGAAGUUCCGCACUGCAGAUUUCAUAUUAAGUUCAGGAGGAAUCAUAGACGGAAUAUAAAAGAUGGAUGUAGCCAUUGUUAAGUGGAGUUUUCAAUUUGGCUUUGUUUUGAAAUGAGAUGUAACGGGCAAACUGUGGAUCUGAUUGGUGCAAUAACAACCUGUCAAUCACAAGGUAGCCCUGCCUUUAUGUCUGCUGUACUUUAAAUGGAACCACCAUACUGCAUUAAAUCAGGCCUUAAAGUAGCCACAGAAACCAUAAAGUUAUUGGAAAUAUGUUCACUGAGAUAAUUAAUCAAGAUGAAAUGGGGUAAUUUUCUGUUGAACUUCGAUACAAUUGGACAUGUUUUUGCCACCAAUUGUCGCUCCCUGCUGGCUCUUAGAAAGAAUGCCAUUUAAAACAAUUCUGCAUUGGUCUGACUCACCAGAUAAAGACUGUAGGUAUUGGCCUGGGAUUAGUUAGAGAGUUCUGUAGUACUGAAUGGUCUGGCUGCACCACACCAUCGAUCUGCUAUCAGUUAUUAAUAGGUGCAUGCAGCCAGACCAUUCUGUACAGUCCUGUGUUGGCUCUAGAAAAUGGCUGCGCAAGACUAUUUUCACAUAGAUUUCACUUUUUGGACCAUGAAGCUGCAUCUGUCGAUCUUUUAUAUAAAGUCUGUUGGUCUUUGCUUUCUCCAGUUUGCGUUGUAUAAUGAGGGAUGUAAGAAAAGUGUAGGUUAUUCAACUAUUCCUAGAAUGAAACCAUGUCUGACAUUGUUGCUGUUUUUCUCUUGUAAAUAAUUUGCCAUUUUUUGUACUGAAUAAAACUAUUCUAGUUUUA